GGUGAGGCUGUUGAAGAAUCAAGGACGAGUGGCGUCGGAUAGGAAUUUGGAAAGUAGAAAGAAGACCGUGAAUUGGAGAUUUCAAUGAGAACCCCAUCACUCUCUCUUUCCGCCACUUGACCCUUCGCAUACGCCUGGUCGGCUUCUACCUCCCUUGCACACUGAGCUGGAGGAAUCUACCAAGGAAUCUACCAAGGCUGAGGUAGCAGGAGCAGGCUGAUAUGCCACGAUCAAAGUCAACAUGGAUCGCGUAGAUGGAACUGAUCAUUAUGAGGGCGACAAGCAAGGUUACUACUGCUCUCCUGUUCCUUGUGCUUCCACUGUAUACUAAGAAAGCACAGGUCCUGGUCCAUCGCUGCUGGUAAUAGUUCUCGAUACCAAUCCCCACGCCUGGGCACUCCUCAACCCAACUCUCCCUCUCUCAAAAGCCAUAUCAAAUCUCCUCGUCUUCAUAAACGCCCACCUCGCCUCACAUAAUGCCAACCAAGUAGCGGUAGUAGCAAGCCACUGCCACCGCUCAGUAUGGCUGUACCCUCGUCCCGAACCACCCUCCGAAGAUGUCGAGAUGAAGGAUAAUGCACCUGCACUGAACGACGCAAACAAAUACCGUCCCUUCGCCCUAAUAGAAGACAGUCUCUUGACCUCGCUCCGAGAACUAAUUUCCACCACAACAGAAAACGACAUCAGCACAACAAACACCACCCAAAUGGCCGGAUCCCUCACCCUGGCACUAACAUACAUCAACAAAGCCACACUCCUAUUCUCCGACUCCAACGUCACCUCCGAACCCAUGAGCACCACACUCGAAGGCCCCGAAAAUACCACAGGUCUGCAGAGCCGAAUCCUAGUCAUUUCCGUCUCGGGAGAUCUGGCACACCAAUAUAUCCCUAUAAUGAACACCACGUUUGCGGCUCAACGGAUGAGAGUGCCAAUCGAUAUCUUGAAACUAGCGGGGGAUACGGUAUUUCUACAACAGGCGUCGGAUACGACGAAGGGGAUAUACAUGCAACUUCGGAAUCCACAGGGGUUACUACAGUACCUCAUGAUGGCAUUUCUACCCGAUCAGACGAGCAGGAAGAAUCUCGUUGCUCCUACACAAGAAGUUGUAGAUUUCCGAGCGGCAUGUUUCUGUCACCGAAAAGUCGUGGAUGUCGGGUUCGUCUGUAGUAUCUGUUUGAGCAGUACGUCUCCUUCUCUCCCUUCCCCCCUUCCAUACUUCAAUACAGAGCGACCCUUAACACAAAGCAUAGUCUUCUGUUCCCCAUCCGAAGGAGCAAUCUGUCUAACCUGCUCCACCCACCUCGCCCUCGGCGACUACGGCUCCAAACCCGCCGUAGUCCCGCGCAAAAAGAAGAAGAAGAGGAAGCUCAACGGCGGCGUGGGGACGCCUAGUAGUAGAGGUGGAACACCCAUGCCCAACGAAUAAAGGGUUUCCGUCGAGGUAGUCAAUAUUAGGUUAGGGGAAAAAAUAGAAUAACUUUAUAGCAAUAUAUCAAUGAGUCGUUGAU